AUGCAAUACCUAUUUUUGCCGCUCUUGGUUCUGUGCGUAAAGGGGCUUCUCCGGAACAGAGAACCCGCAACCCCCAUCACCCCCUACCACCUGGACUCGCACGAGGGGGGCAAGGACAAACCGGAUGACACACCCAAUGGAGGUACCUUUUCCCCAGAAAAGAGUAACCCCCCCCAGGGGAGAGACGCAGGACAAGUGAGUGACUAUGGAAGGGGAGGGAAGUUCUCUUCGACAAGCUUGCCAUCUGGGGUGAGCUUCCUGCAGGCGUGCACGAUUAACAGCUGCUUGAGCGUGGACAAUGAUGAGGUGGGCGGAGUGGCGGCGACGGAUGAGGUUGGGGGAGUGGCGGCGGUUGAUGAAGUGGGCGGAGGGACGCUCAGUGACGCGGUGGGUGGAGUGGCAGCCGGUGAGAAGAAGGACGAGCUGAUAAGCGAACCGAAGAGCGAACCGCGGGGAGACCCCCCCAAGGAACAGCGGGAUAUUCCCAAAACGAACGAACCAAAGGAAGAGCAGGGGAAGGGCAACUCACCUGUUGACGUGGGGGCCGACAAGGACGGCGAUGGCAGUUGCGCCCCAGGAGGAAACGCGGAGACGCAAGAGGACACAGGGGUGGAGGAGAAGAAGGGCGUGAAGGGGGCCACUGAAAAGGAGGUGCAAAUGGGAGGGAAGGCGGAUCUGCGAAGUGAAGGCCAAAAGGGGGGCCAACCAGCAAGUCAAGGUGACGGGAAAGCGGAGGGACAAAGUGGCGCCCAAGUGGCAGGCCAGAAGGAAGAGGAGGAUAAGGAAGAGGAGGAGGAAAAAGAAGAGGAGGAGAAAGAAGACGAGGAGGAGAAAGAAGACGAGGAGGAAAAGGAAGACGAUGAAGAAAAGGAAGACAAAGAGGAUUCGGAGGAAGACGAUGCGGAGGAUGCAGAGGAUACAGAGGAGGCGGAAGGGGAAAACAAAAGCAAGAGCGAUGACCAGGGGGGGAAGAAAAAGGAGGGUUUGAAAGGCACUGUUAAUUCUGGAGGGGAGGAAAAAAAAGUGCACUUAGAAAAGGAAAAUGCUUCAAAUGGAGUAGAAGCCAAAGGGGGAUCGCCACCUGGUGGCAAUUCGAAUGGAGAGGAGACCAAAGCGGGGGCUCAAAAGAGUACCAACACGAUUGGCUUGGUGGAAAAAGGAGAGCUCUCCAAAGGUAGCCCACCCCAGGUAAGUGAGACAAAAGGGGAGGAGGCAAAAACAACUCCUCCAAACAAAGAGAACAACCAUGGGGUGGAGAUGAAUGGGGGCUCGUCGCGAGGUGGAUCUCCGGAGGAGGGAAAAGAACUCCCGAAGAGCAACGACAUGCAAAGUACAAAGGAAGUGGAAGGGGACACGGCCAAAGAAAACGCAGCGGGGGAAAAAAGCGAAGAUAAAGGAGGCAACAAGCAGCAAGGGGAGAGUAAGCAUAUGGAGGUGCCACACGGGGAGGAAGACGCUGGCGAGAAGGAGGCAAAAAGGAGUCAUGGUGAUGAUGCAGAUGGAGAUGACGAUGUGGAAGAGGACGAGAAAGAGGACGAGGAAACAGACGAUAAAACGGAUGAGGAGAUGGACGAUGAGACGGAUGAUGAGGCGGAUGAGGAGGCGGACAAAGGAGGUAAGGGGCGCAAAAAAAAAAAUGAAAUCCCAAGCCGGGAUAACGUUGAAGAAAAGACCCCCCAAGGGGGAAGACCUGAAGGGGAUGCAGCAGCUAAUGCAGAUAUGCACACUGGUGAGGCUCUCCAAAAGGGUAAGCAUCGGGAGGACGAAGAAUUACAUGGAGGAGCCAGUCAACAGGAGGUAGUCCCCCCCAGUGAGGAAGCCUCCCUUGGAAAGAAGAGCCCAUUGGAGGAGGUAUCGCCACCCCCAGCUGCUGCUGUUCAGUUGAGCCAGAAGCAGGGCGAAGAGCAAGUUAAAGAACAUGCCCAACAGCAUGCCCAUCAGCAGGACGAAAGGCGGAGCAGGGGAGGCGGAAAGAAUUACGAAUCUAACAUGUACACGCUGGAUAAGAAAAUGCACAAAAAUUUGGCGAACGUUGACGUCAUUUUGCAUGGGCUGAAGGAUAAGCUGAGUCGCCACAAGGAAUUGAAGAACCAAGAACUGAAGCUAAAGUUCGAGGCCAUGGGGAGGAUCAAAGAGUACAAGCUGUAUAAGGACCUCAUACACAAGUCCGUGGAGAUAUUGACCCUUCGGCUGAUGAAGAUCAACGAAGAUUUAAAAAAGCUGAAGCAGUCAUCGGAUGUGGCUCUGCAAAAAUAUAUUAACGAGAAUGGCUACGGGUUGGUGAAUUUCUCCGAUUGGACAAAAAACGACAAAGCGCAAGAAGAGAAGGUAGCCAGCGGAGCCAAGAACAGAGGAGAUGAAAAGAAGAACAAGUUGUUCUGCCCAAUGGACUGCAUCAAAAAGAACUGCCACAACAAGCCGGAUCACCCAACUCAGUGCUACAAAUUGGAGCAGAGAGGAAGUGAAAUUCAAAAAAUCUGCGAGCCGUUUGUGGACCUGCACAGCGGCACAUGUCCAGCUGACUUCCACCACUGUGCCAUAGCUGAGCCGGAGAGGAACAAAAAAUAUUCCAUCUUUGCCUCGGGCGAACGCGGACAGACACCUCAGUUCAUCACCAUCCGAGGAUACAACCUGCACGAAUGCCUGCAGCUGCUCGUUGUGAAUAAGGGAUCCACGUGCUCCCCGAGCAGCAUCGAAAAGAACAUUUUGGAGUCAGAGGAGAUUCUGCUGGAGCCCGUCUUCACGAAGCUGCUGCACAACGAGAUCCUCCUGGAGAACAUCAAGAUACGCACCCCAGGGGAGUACAACAUUUGCCUGGCGCAGUUCUACCAGCAGCCGGAGGCGGAGGAGCUGCUCACUGAGAACGCCUCCAACAGGGGCGGCAAGCCGAGCAGGGCCAACAAGGCGCGCAAGAGCGACAUUCAAAUCCUGGGCAUCGACACCAUAGGCACCCUGUACGUGCUGCCGCUUCCCUCGCCGAAGUAG